AUGAGCAGAGUGCAUGCGGAACUAUUCGCCGACCUUAGAUACUUGAGAGUCUAUCUCAAGGAUGCGAGGUCGUCGCAUGGGACCAUGAUCAACGAUAUAAAGCUCGAUCCUGUUGUGCAGCACCCCGUGAAAGACGGUGACCUUUUGACGUUUGGGGUGGCUAUUCGGAACGGCUCUGACGUGGUUCACCCCAUAAAGGCGCGGAUCGGCGUCAAGUAUCGCAAGAUCAAGCUUACUCGGGAGCACAUGCAAGGGACUUUCGUGGUUCCAGAUGAAGACUCUGAGUACGAGUCUGAGCCUACAGAUCUCAUCGGACGUGCUGUAGAGAUCAUGAAGAGGUGUGGCCCUGAGUCCUUCAUCGACCUCACCGAGGAGACCACUCUCCAUCCAGUGGAGACCCAAAAGCAAGAGGAGGUUUCGCGUGAAGAAGUUGGGGGAGACGACCUAGCUAGAAAGGAUGAUGAAGCUGGCGGCGAACACGAGACCGAAGAACAACAGGAGGGCAUCGAACGGGGGGAAGCUGGAGAACAUGAUGAAUCCCCUGAGCAUGAGACCGAAGAACGAGUGGAGGAAGAUGAAACAGUGCUGCCUGACGGUAUCAGCGAAAUUCGGGACCACGAAGAGGUUGCCUACGAGAUCUCAGCUGUUGAGGAGACCGUCCAGGAUCUCAUUGUUGAGACGGCUGAUAAUGAUGCCACCGAUUCAGUCAUCAAUGGAGAUGCCACGACAGAACCCAUCACUGAGAACCUGGAUCUAUCUUCUUCCUCGGAAUCAUCAGUCGUUGAUGCAGACAUCACACUCGUCGACCUAGAUGAGGUAAACGAGCCGAGCCAAGACGCCUGCCCCGCGAGUCCCUCGACGCCAAACAAGAAGAGAAAGGCAGAAGAGAUGUCGACGGAUGAGGUAGAGGAUGUUGUAGCCCUGCCUCCCUUGCUGAUUAGCGACCCCUCGCCUGUGAUCCCAGAGCCCAUUGUCGUUAUCCCUCUCAACAAUUCCCAGGAAGAACCCAGACCUAUCAAGCGUUUCCAUGGAGCGGCAGGUAAAGUUGGAUACGCGGCUUUAGGCACCUUGGUCGGUGGAAUUGCCAUUUUCACGACACUGGUAGCCUCUGGCCCUACCUUUUGA